CCGUGGAAUCCCAAGGAGUAAGGACGCACAAAUCAUCAAGCUUUCUUCCUGCUGUUUUUUUCAGUCGUGCGUGUGCGUGUAGUGUUUUGUGUGUGUGCAUUUCGCGUGUAUUCAACUCUAUUUCUCGUCUCACCUAGAGGCACAAACCCUUCGGCUCGUUGUUUUGCUCAAUGUGUCGUCUGUUUUCGAAAACUCCACGAGCAAACGCAUCGCCGGUAAAUCCCCGUCAUUGGAGAAUGCGGUGAAUUGGCCAGUCCCAUCAUUGUCACGGCAGCCGUCAACGGCCGCGUAGUUAGCACCCCACCCUCAGCGGCCACGCUCGGAGACUACGACGGAGUGUCUUGCGUACGGCUGGCCAGCCGCCCCACCACCUUCUUAAGUUGCUCAGUCCACGUGGCCUCGUCCCGUCACGUCCACUACCCCAGUCUCAACGCCUGUCUCAUCCAUCAGGGACGAUCUCGCGGCUUCCAGUGCCGCACGGUCCACUUUGGUUACGCCAUCCCUGUCAUCGUUCACAGACACUGGGGGGCGAACGCAAGCGGCCGACAUUCGUGUGAAAUCGUCUUGGACAGUCAUGCGACUCUGGAGCCGGCCACUGCCUCUUAUCUUCUAGAGCAGCAUCCGGAUUUGGUGGCCAUCGGUGCGACGCUUCGCGACCCCAACGCACGGCCUUCAGCGCGCACGGCAGACGGACCAGAGGCCGUGAUCCAAGCAGCAAAACUGGCCGCUUUCAAGUCGGUCGAGGUGCGGACUCAUCACCGCUCUGGCUCGCAGACUCCGCUCAUACAGUCGGACGUCUCGUCGCCCAGCAAAAUGGCCGUCGAUCCAAACGAACUUUACGACCAGCUGAUGAGGCAGAAUUCGGCCGAACAGGACAUUCAGGCCAUCGCCAAACAAAUUUCGGAUCACGCAGAAGCCAUUUACCAAACGUGGAAGUCGAAAGGAUUAACGCCCAAUGAGCUGCUUCAUUUACAUUCGGCGGAGACGGAGGGUCCAGGCGGCGACGUUGCCACCACCACACCGGCCUUCCGUCAGAUGCGAAGCUCGUCGAUAGAUCGUCGAAGCGUGUCGGAGAGGCCGAAAUCGGGAUCGUCUUUAUCUCCGGUCGAAUUGUUGGCCAGUCCGCAAUUGGACGCCACUCUGGAACAACUGGUGAAUAGUUUCGUUCACGAAGAUAAGGCCAGAUUAGCGGCUAGAGCGCGAACGGUCUCGCCAUCACCUACUGGCGUCCACCAACCGACAGCCAGUGCGGCUUCCACCAUUCAGACGGCCCUCAAGCGCUUCGAAAUGAAGGGCCUCAACUACGAAUCGGCGCGUGGAACGUCGAAUCGGCCGACGCACUCGGAGCCACCGGCCGACGUGGCGGUGAGGAGUUCGCCGUCGUUCCAGGAAGCCGUGCAGUCAAGUAAUCGGACGUCACCUGGACAGGCAGCGGAACCGUCGGGCACUGUCAAAAGCCGGGCCCAAAGAUUCGCCACCCGCAUCGAACUGGCGAAUGCAUCUCAUAGUUCGCCCAGUUGGCCGGUCAAGCGCGUCGUCUCGCCCGGCCCAGUUCAAUAUCACAAGGUGACCGUCGUAGCCGAAGUGGCGGCCCACCACCCGGUUGCCGCGACACCCAAGUCAUCGGCGUCCAACACGAGCGAAGUGGACAAGGAAGAGGAAAAGUUAAUCAACGCCCUCAAGACGGGCCGCGUCAUUGAUGAGGUCGCAGUUCCUAAUUCUCCAACACCCAGCGAUCAGUUUCAUCAGUCGUUGAUCAAGAAAACGAGAGAGCGACAUCAACGGAUCGCCCCGACGCCCCGAACCGGCGGCAAUGUCGAGGAUGAGCUCGAAUCGCUGGUGGGUCGCUUGAAAAUCACGGAACCGACGCCGAGAUCCGCCACGUCCGUCAGCAGAGAAAAUAGCCCGGGUCCCAUAACGUUGGCCAUCCGCGAUGGUUCGCCGGCGCGAUCCACCUCCCCGCGCACCGUCAAACUGUCUGAAACGGUGCCCGUGGCCGGGGUUUCAACCGUCGAUUACGCCAAGGUUCGUUACCAAGCGGCCCAGGCUAACCCGCUCACUCAGCAAAGGCUGGAGGAUUCCAGGACGAUCGGCAAAGCGCAAAACUCUCCGCAACCCAAUGUCGUCUCGGAGACCCGCAGUCGUUUCGAAGGUCCGACCCGCCCCGCUGUCAAUACUUGCGCGGUGCCGUGGCGUUCCGGCGUUCAAAUCAACGAGUGGUCUCCGGUUCGUCCGCCUGCAUCCGUCGAUCCGGCCGAUGAAUUGCAAGCAUCUGCACAACAGUCGCAGCUGUCCGGCAAUGGCGGCUUGAAUUUGGAGGCGUUGCGGCGGAUGAAAACGCGCAAAAUGCGCAAAUCGCCCGAACCGCAGCCGACGGGUUGCGGGUCGAACACGAGCCCGACGUCCUCCCCGCUGCCCCAUCCGGAGUUGACGGUGCAGCAGAAACAGCAUUUGCGCGAACGCAAUCUGCAACAGCUCGGCGCUGGCGGACAUCACGUGACGUCGGUCGGAUUGCCUGUCCAGUACACGUCGACGGGCAUCCCCAUCCGGCCGUUUUUGACGCGGGGCUCCGUCGCCGAGAGGGUCCUCAUUUUUGAAAAAUGCCCGACGACGAUCAUGACGGAAUCGGCUACCAAAUCGGACAAGGUGACCUCUGCUGCCACCGCUAUAACGGCAGAAAAAUCGAAACGGGCCGGCAGUCCAGCACCGCAGACUUGGCGACACUCCAACGAUGUCCAAACUCGAGUCCAGGUCUACGCCAAGGAUAACAACAAAGAGAACCGAUCGACAUCGGCGAACAUUUCAUCGCCCAGGUCGACUCUGCGCCGCCAGGCUAAAGCCAACAACAAUCUCCUUUUGCCCAGAUUUUACUACCCAACGGGACGACCCAUCAGUAAAGAGCAGCUGGAUGCCUCCUUGCUUAGGCUGGCCGCCACGUUUCAGCAGCUACCCAACUGCCAAGCAAGUCGCGAGCAUUUCGGAACCAUUGCCAAGGCUUGUGGAUGUCCUUACUAUUGGAAAGCCAUCUUGUUCAUUGCGAGCGGUGGCGAAAAGCUCGGACACGUUACGUUGGAAACCUUCACCGACUUUUGGGGAAAAAUCAUCAACAACUAUCAUGACGAAGCGUCUCGAUUCGUUCAACUCCUGACCAUGAUCAACCCGAAUGUGAACGCCAGCAGAACAGACAACAAUUUCAACGGGCCGAUGAACAACAGUGCCAGUUCCGGCCGGUUCUAUCUAGUACCGGAGGAUUUCGUGCCGCUGAUCCAAGACGUGGUCGACACCCAUCCGGGGUUGACCUUCCUCAAGGAGGCGGCUGAAUUUCACUCGCGCUACGUUCACACGGUGAUUGCGCGAAUUUAUUACAACGUGAACCGAUCCUGGUCAGGCCAGAUCACUCUGGCCGAACUGCGCCAUUCCAACUUAUUGACCACGAUUCGCUUGCUGGAAGAGGAGGAAGACAUCAACCAAAUCACCGAUUUUUUCAGCUACGAGCAUUUCUACGUCAUCUACUGCAAGUUCUGGGAGUUGGACAAAGACCACGACCUCUUUAUCGAUAAGAAGGAUCUGGCUCGGCACAACGACCACGCAUUGUCCUCCAAGAUGAUCGAUCGGAUAUUCUCUGGGGCCGUCACCCGCGGCGCGCCUCACAACAACCGACUGGCCAAGUUCGGCAACACCAACACCAACAUGAACAAUCAGCCGCGGAUGAGUUACACAGAGUUUGUCUGGUUCCUCAUCUCCGAAGAGGACAAAAGGCAUUCGACGGCCAUCGAGUAUUGGUUCAGGUGUAUGGAUCUGGACGGAGACGGUUUCCUUUCGAUGUACGAACUGGAAUAUUUUUACGAGGAACAAUUGCAACGGAUGGAAUCUUUAGGCAUAGAAACGUUGCCAUUCGAAGAUUGCCUGUGUCAGAUGCUGGACAUGAUUCACCCGGCCGUGCCCGGUAAAGUAUCUCUGAACGACCUCAAACGUUGCCAGAUGACGCCCAUCUUCUUUGACACUUUCUUCAACUUGGAAAAAUACCUGGAUCACGAACAACGCGAUCCGUUUGCCUCGCAACGCGACCCCGACUCGGAAAAUGGUGACGAGAUACUCAAGAUUUCCGACUGGGAUCGCUACGCUGCCGAAGAAUACGAACUUUUGGUGGCUGAAGAAGGUGGACCGGAUCAUAGCGAUGACAUGUUCAUGCGGGAAGAAAUGACCACAGGCGAAGAGGACGGCAACGACCAUUCUUCUCUUCCCUUAUCGAUGGAACGUGACGUCAUUAUGGCAGAUUCAGAUGUUAACGACGGCCAUGACGAUUACUCGCCCUUGUCGGUCCAUUCAAGCCUCGGCCUCGGCAAUGCUGGUCAUCGUUCACUUUUCUCGGUCACGCCGUGCUCGAUCGAAUAUCAAUAUUGAUCGCCGUCCCUGGCCAUGAUGAUGAUUCUUAUUCAUUUUGGGUUUCUCUUAUCCGACUAGCAUGAACCAGUCCUGUUUCUGUUGUCACGAUCAGCUGACGGAUUUCUAAGCAGUCAAAUGUCAUUGCAGAGCCUUAAUAUCUCCGUAUCCCUAUCUGUGCAAUAUGCAAUAAGUAUUUGUUUGUUUUUUUAAGUGUAUUCCGGUGGGUGGAUGGGGAAGGGGAGUGGGGGAGAUAUAUUUUUUAAUUGCCACUGAUUAUUGUAGAAUCUUUUUGGCCGGUUUUGACCCUUUCCUCGCACUACACCGUCAGCAAAUACCUUCAUUGCACCUGAGAAAAUUUGUGGGUCACACACACACACGUUGUUCGUCUAGUCUCAUCGAUUUAUUUUGCGUAUUUGCUCUUUUCUGAUCUUUGGAACCAUCAAGACUUGUAGUGCAUAGAAGGAGAAAAGAAAACAUCAACUCGGAUUUCUUUUUUUUUUUUUAUCGUUUAACUUGUGCAUCACAUCUUAAAAUGUUUCUUUUAAUCAUUUUUUUCCCAUUUUCUCUUCUGUUUUUUAAUUCAAUUCUUCUCUUACCUCUUAUACAUAGAUUCCCCUAGAAGUGAUUCGAUUUGUCGCUGGUCUUCUAAAAUUGUGAUGGAUCACGAUGUAAGAAACCAAGCCUUACACACAUAAUUUAAGAUCUAAUUGAUUUGUCUUUUGAUCAUUUUUUUUUGUUUUUAAACUUGGUUCAAAGUAUGUUGGCAGUAGGGUGCGAAAGUUUAUACAUAAAUUACAAUCAUCAGCAGGUGAAAAACAAUGUCGUGUAAUUUGUUGUGUUCAAAAGUGGCUCCUUUAAGUUAAUGUGUGUAUAAUGUUGUGGAUGUCUCUCUCCCCGUGUACCUGGAGAAAGUUAAAACAAAACAUGAACUAAGAAUAGGAAGGGUUCCCCUUUGACGGCUGCCAUAAAAUAAACAUGGAUUCGUUUCAUUA